CAUUUAUUAGGGGGUAGACGCUUGCACUUCAUAUUUCAAUUUCAUGACUGCAGGGACGCAUAAUUUACUGAACCAGUCGAAUCAAGAAUACAUUAUAAUAAAAUUGAGCUAUAACAUAAAACUCAUUAUUUACAUACGAAUUACCCAAACGGCAUAAUUAUAUGUUAUCCAGCCUAUCCAAAGAGUCCUGGUGGUGGUGGAGGAGUGAGUGACUCCUGAAUCUAUUCGCAGCUGCUCUGUCGCUUCCAUGAUCCACUCCAGUCCGGAUUUGGCAAGGAAAGGAACAGCUGCUGUAACGUUUUAGCAAAAAGGAGCAGUAGUGAGACAUGCGGGGUCUGGAGGAGUCGCUCCAGCAACAUUGGAGACCGGACGAGCAGCACCAGCAGCACUAGAUGAUCAUGGCCGAGGACUAUUGGGAGCGCGAGGCGGCUUUGGGAUUUUAUUACUGCUGUUAAGAUUACACGAGCAAAACGCACUCACUUACAAAAGCGCACACGGAUCUCAAUUCCACGGGGCGGUUGAACAGUGGCAGCCCCUCCACCCACCUCAUCUCGGCCCCCCUUACCCCCACUGAUGGACCGCAUGAGGAAGAUCAAGCGGCAGCUGUCCCUGACACUGCGAGGGGGUAACAGCGGGGACAAGACCAUGAGUGAGACCAUCAGCUCUCAGGACACAGGGGCGCACAGCGAUUCCGAGGCCAUGCCAGUUGGCGGCAGUGGCGGUCUGCGGGGUUCAGUGAGAGGUUCGGGGGGUUCCUUCAGCAUGCACUCCCUCCUGCAGUCCUACAGCAGCGCCCUGCGCAGACCACGCAGCCUGGGCCGCAGUCUCAGCUCCUAUCUCAACCACACCACACGCCUCGAAAUCGUCCACGAGGAUGUAAAAAUGGGUUCAGACGGAGAGAGCGAUCAGGCUUCGGCCACGUCCUCAGAUGAGGUGCACAGCCCUGUCCGAGUUCGUCUGAGAAACAAUCCUGGUCGGAAAAUUUCCUCAGAGGACAUAAAUAAACGUCUGUCUCUGCCUGCCGAUAUCAGGCUUCCUGAUGGCUACCUGGAGAAAUUCAGCCUCAACAGCCCCCUGUUUGACAAACCGCUCAGCCGGAGAUUACGCAGAGUGUCGCUGUCUGAGAUUGGAUUUGGGAAGUUGGAGACGUACGUGAAACUGGAUAAACUAGGGGAGGGCACCUACGCUACAGUAUAUAAGGGCCGCAGUAAGUUGACGGAUAACCUGGUGGCUCUGAAGGAGAUCCGUUUGGAGCACGAGGAAGGAGCUCCAUGCACUGCCAUUAGAGAAGUGUCUCUGCUGAAGGACCUGAAACACGCAAAUAUUGUGACUCUUCAUGACAUCAUCCACACUCAGAAGUCUCUUACACUUGUGUUUGAGUACUUGGGUACUCAUGAUCUCACACAUGCAGUCAUCUACACACCGGUGUAG